CUUCCUGGAGGGGAGGAAAAAAAAACCUUCCCAGGUAAUUGUGACUGGGCUGGGUGUGACCCUAGAGAAUGUCAAACAAAGAGAGUGGCUCACUGCUUGUCAUAGUAAGGGAACAGAGGAUUUUUCUUUCAUGUUCAUUCCCCACACGAAAUACAGCAGUGAGCCGGUGUGGAAACAACAGCCUGUACCUGCUCUUUUUGGACACAUUGACAUUGCCUGGGUGGAGGGAUGUUUGACGCGCUGCAUGAGUGGUUUUGGUGGGACAGAAUCUGGCUGCCUGUGAACCUGACGUGGGCUGACCUUGAAGACAGGGAGGGCCGGGUCUAUGCCAAAGCCUCACAUCUCUAUGUCACUGUCCCCUACGCAAUUGUCUUCCUACUUAUCCGAUACCUGUUUGAAAGGUGGAUAGCAACACCAGUUGCAGUCUCUGCUGGGAUUAAGCACAGAGUUCAUCUGAAAGCAGAGGACAACCCCAUUCUGGAGCUUUACUACAUUACUCAGUGUAGGAAUCCUUCUCAGGCAGACAUUGAUGGGCUGUCUAAGAAAAGCAGUUUGUCAGUGAGACAGGUUGAACGCUGGUUCAGAAGAAGACGUUGUCAGGACCUUCCCGGAGUCCUGAAAAAGUUCAAAGAGGCCAGUUGGAGGUUUUUCUUCUACCUGUCUGCAUUCAUUGGAGGAAUAGUAGCACUGUACGAUAAAGAAUGGUUUUAUGACACUCGGAAAGUAUGGACAGGUUUUCCAAAGCAGUCCAUGCUGACGUCACAGUACUGGUAUUAUAUCUUGGAGAUGAGCUUUUAUGGCUCUCUGCUCUUAAGCGUUGCCUUUGAUGUCAAGAGAAAGGACUUUAAGGAGCAAAUCAUCCACCACUUGGCUACACUGGUCCUCUUAUCAUUUUCGUGGUGUGUCAACUACAUUCGUAUAGGAACACUGGUCAUGAUUGUCCAUGAUGCCUCUGAUGUUUUACUGGAGUCUGCUAAAUUAUUCAACUACGCCAAAUGGGAGAAAACCUGCAAAAGUCUUUUUGUUCUGUUUGCCAUGGUGUUUAUGAUAACACGACUGAUCAUCUUUCCAUUCUGGCUGAUCCACUGUACCUGGGUCUACCCCAUUCACCACUACCCUGCCUUCUUUGGCUACUACUUCUUCAAUGUGAUGCUGGUGAUUCUUCUCUGUCUGCACAUAUUCUGGGCCUAUCUCAUUCUCUGCAUGAUCAGAAAAUUCAUGUUUGGCACUCUCACCAGAGAUGAGAGAAGUGACAAUGAAGAAGAAGAGGAAGAGAGCAGCCUAGCAGAGGACGAAAGUGAGGAAGAGCACAAGCUUGGCAAUGGUUUGGCAGUUGGUGAGGAGGACAAGAACGGCAGCUUUGCUGCUUAUCUCCACCAGAGAACAUCUGCCAAUCAAAGAGUAUGCUGGAACACAGUCAUCGCUUUGAACUACACACAUGUACAGUGACAGGGACUUUGAGAUGUUUCUGGCUCUUUCCCUGCUCCUCCCAACAGUGUUGUCAGUAGCAGUGCUUCAUUGCCCUGCAAGUCAAAAGAGACCAGCAAACCAGAUAAGCAAACUAAGCACAAUCCUGACUGUGUGCUCACCAUUUAAUUUGUUCUUUACUGUUUGUGCAGUGCAGAGCUGGUAUGCUAGAGAACAUUCCUUUAGCUGCUUCACCUCACUGUUUCAUCCAUCAAGUCCUGCUGGCUUUUUUAUUUAAAACCUCUGUUGGCUUGCACCACUUACUGAUGGUCACACCUCACCUUCAUGCACAACUGGAACUCUUUGCACAGUAUGGUGUAUAAUGGUCUGUGUUUAAAACUACACUGACCAACCUUUAUUGAAAAAAAUCACACCUCAUUAUUUAAAAGAAACAAAAUGGAGAAACAUUGUAACAUCACAAUGCACACAUUUGUAUGGUGUCUUCUAAUUAUUCCCAUGAAUAAGUGGACAAAUAGGCAAAAUGUGAUGCUUUGAUCCAUUAAAACACUGAGUUUGAUUAAACAUUUUCAUCCACCCAAA